AAGAGAAGACCAGGGAUGCCAAGAUAAAGGAGUGAGACCUAAAGGGAAGUACCAUCAUGAAGAAUCAGUGAGAGAUCUGUGGCAAAGAAGGCCUAGGGCAGCGAGGUGGCAGAAUGAUGAAUCCUGGGAGAAAAGUAUCUCCCAUUGAGGAGAUGACAACAAUGGAGCCAAGUUCUAGGCCUGACUGGGAAGCUGAGACACAGCAGACACCAAUUAGCCAGCCAGAACCUGGGUCUGAAAAGACACCAGAAACCCAGUCAAUGUCUAAGACUCAGCAGGGGCCCAGCAGCCAGUAUGAGCCUGCUUUACAGCCCAGAGCAUCCAUUCAGCAGGAGCCGUUGGCCCAACAGGAGCCUGGCUCCCUGCAGCAAAUCAGAGCCCAAGUCAAGUCUGCUUUGCAGCAGGAGGCUCUUACCCCACAGGGGCCUGAACCACAGCAAUCUCCUCCCAUCCAAAGGGAGCCCUUCACUCAGCAGGAAGCUACCCCACAGCAAGGACCUGGGUCAGAAAAGGAAUCUAGAACUCAACAGGAGCCAGAAGUGAGAGAGGAACAAGUAGCCGAACCAGACACUGGCCCAGUGGAGCCACCUCUAACUCCACGAGAUGGUGGAUCAACACCUCCAGCCCAGACCAAACCUGGACUCAAACAGGAACUAACUGCCCAGACUAACUCUACAUCCCCAGAGAGAACUGAAGAGUCAGACCUUACAACCCAAGAAGCAACUUCCACCCAAGAACCCAAAUCCCAGCAGGGACCCUUGGCCAACUGGGUAUUUCUGUCAAAACUACAAGGAAUAGCCAUGCCACCGCCACCACCAGAGUGGAAGGCAUUUAUUGACUGGGUCACAGAUUCUGACUCAGAGUCAGAUUUGGAUACUUCUUUGGGAACAAACUGGUCAGCCUUAAGGAUUGGCACAUCCUUCGGGGAGGCAUCUGGCUAUGAGAUGAAGUCAGGAUAUGAUGAGCCAUCAGCCCACAGGAAGAAUUCCAGCACCCAGAACCUCAGACACUACCGAGACACAACCUGGCUAGUGAUCCGCAGCAUGGACCUGCGCACGAUGACCCAGUCGCUGGUGACCCUGGCGGAGGACAACAUGGCCUUCUUCUCGAGCCAAGGCCCUGGGGAGACGGCGCGGCGACUGUCGGGUGUCUUUUCGGGCAUUCGGGAGCAGGCGCUGGGGUUGGAGCCGGCCCUGGCCAGUCUGCUGGGUGUGGCACACAACUUUGACCUGGACCCCGAGACACCCGCCAACGGGUACCGCAGCCUGGUGCACACGGCCCGCUGCUGCCUGGCACACCUGCUGCACAAGGCCCGCUAUGUGGCCUCCAACCGCCGUAGCAUCUUCUUCCGAACCAGCCACAACCUGGCAGAACUUGAGGCCUACCUGGUAGCGCUCACCCAGCUCCGUGCCCUGGUCUACUAUGCCCAGCACCUUCUGACCACCAACCGGCCAGGGCACCUCUUCUUUGAGGGUGACGACACAGUCAUUGCUGAAUUCCUGCGCGAGUAUGUCACCCUGCACAAGGGCUGCUUCUACGGCCGCUGCCUGGGCUUCCAGUUCACACCUGCCAUCCGGCCGUUCCUGCAGACCAUCUCCAUCGGGCUGGUGUCCUUCGGGGAGCACUACAAACGCAAGGAAACUGGCAUCAGUGUGACUGCCAGCUCCCUCUUCACCAGCGGCCGCUUCGCCAUUGACCCGGAGCUCCGAGGGGCUGAAUUUGAGCGGAUCAUACAGAACCUGGAUGUGCAUUUCUGGAAAGCCUUCUGGAACAUCACUGAGAUCGAAGUGCUAUCGUCUCUAGCCAACAUGGCAUCAGUGAACGUGAAGGUCAGCCGCCUGCUCAGCCUGCCACCUGAGGCCUUUGAAAUGCCGAUGACCUCUGACCCCAAGCUCAUGGUCACCAUCUCACCCCCCCUGGCCCACACAGGCCCCGGGCCUGUCUACGUCAGGCUCAUCUCCUAUGACCUGCGGGAGGGACAGGACAGUGAGGCACUCAGCAGCCUGAUCAAAUCUGACGGCCCCCGGAGCCUGGAGCUGCGGCCACGCCAGCAGGCGCCCCGCUCCCCAGCCCUGGUCAUCCACAUCCACGGCGGUGGCUUCGUGGCCCAGACCUCCAAGUCCCACGAGCCCUACCUCAAGAGCUGGGCCCAGGAGCUGGGCGCCCCUAUCGUCUCCAUCGACUACUCCCUGGCACCUGAGGCCCCCUUCCCCCGCGCCCUGGAGGAGUGCUUCUUCGCCUACUGCUGGGCAGUCAAGCACUGUGCCCUCCUUGGCUCCACAGGGGAGCGGAUAUGUCUCGCGGGGGACAGCGCAGGUGGGAACCUCUGCUUCACUGUGUCCCUUCGGGCAGCAGCCUAUGGGGUGCGGGUGCCAGAUGGCAUCAUGGCAGCCUACCCGGCCACGAUGCUGCAGUCCACUGCUUCUCCCUCUCGCCUCCUGAGCCUCAUAGACCCCCUGCUGCCUCUCAGCGUGCUUUCCAAGUGCGUCAGUGCCUAUGCUGGUGGGGAGACAGAUGACCAGUCCAACUCAGAGGAGAAGGCACUGGGCAUGAUGGGACUCGUGCGGAGGGACACGGCCCUACUCUUUCGAGACCUCCGCCUGGGUGCCUCCUCGUGGCUCAACUCCUUCCUGGAGCUGAGUGGGCAGAAGCCCCACAAGAACGUUCCCAAAACAGAGUCCAUGCGCCGCAGCGUGUCGGAGGCAGCACUGGCCCAGCCUGAGGGACCCCUGGGCACCGACUCCCUCAAGAACCUGAAUCUGCAUGACCUGAGCCUGAGGGGCAGCUCCGAGUCCUCAGACAACCCUGAGCUGUCCAUGUCAGCCGAGGCUCUGGGUCCCUCUAAGCCCUCAGACAUCAACUUCUUACUGGGCCCCGAGGACUCCCGUCAGGAGAUGAAUGAGAUGUCCAGCCUCAAGGACAGCCCCCAGGGCAUGAACGCCGCCUUCCCCAAGGGCUUCUACCCAAAGAUCUCCAACCUGGCCAGCAUGCAGAUACCCAUCUACUCACCCAUCGUCAAGAACCCCUUCAUGUCCCCGCUGCUGGCCCCUGACAGCAUGCUGCAGACCUUGCCGCCAGUGCACAUCGUGGCCUGCGCGCUGGACCCCAUGCUGGACGACUCGGUCAUGUUCGCGCGGCGCCUGCGCGGCCUGGACCGGCCGGUGACCCUGCGCGUGGUGGAGGACCUGCCGCACGGCUUCCUGAGCCUGGCGUCGCUGUGCCGGGAGACGCGCCAGGCGGCGGCGCUUUGCGUGGAGCGCAUCCGCGCGGUGCUCGCCCCGCCCGGCGCCGCGGCCUCGCGACACGCCCGGUCCCCCCUGCCCCGCAGCCCCGAGCGCCCGGCCCCGGCGCCCGCCCCGCUGCUCGUGUGACCGCGCCCGCCCGGGUGGAGGGGCCGCGGGGGGCGGCACUAAAGGCCUGUUGAUGCCACCUGCGCGGCCGCGUGGUGAAUGCGCGGGAGGGGGCGGGACCCCAGGCGGCGGGAGGGGGCGGGCGCUGCCGGCCGGGGCCGGGGCGGGGGCGGCGCGGGAGGGAGCGCGCACGGAACCCGCCUUCCCCGCGGCACCUGCACUCCACCGCUGCUUUCUGCUGCUGCUGCGACCGCCGCGGGCCGGCGCGGACCCCGCGGGUCGGUCAG